AUGCCUACAUUCUCCAGCAAUAACAUCCCCGAUCUCCGUGAGCAAGUCAUCAUUGUCACUGGAGGCAAUAUAGGGCUCGGUUAUGAAACCAUUCUCCAGCUCAGCUUGCACAACCCAGCAAGAGUCUACCUCGCUGCUCGAUCGAAAGAGAAGGCCACAAAAGCAAUCCAUGACCUACGCGAAUCUCAUCCGAAGGCUGCUGAUAUCCAAUUCCUCCAGCUUGACCUUGCAUCAUUCGAAAGUGUGAAGGCAGCUGCUGCCGAGUACCUUCACCGAGAGUCUCGCUUGGACAUCCUUGUCAACAAUGCUGGAAUAAUGAUGACGCCGGAAGGACUCACAAAGGAGGGCUAUGAGAUACAAUUCGGAACAAACGUGGUUGGCCCAGCAUUGUUCACACAGAUUUUGUUGCCAACAUUGCGAAAAACGGUCAAAAUCAACCCUCAGGCCCGAGUCGUGAUGCUGAGUUCUGCUGCCCACGCUCGCGCCCCCGAUGAUGUUUACAAGUUCGACGAGGUCCGUACAACAAUGUCCGACCGACACACGACUGCACGGUAUACAAUGUCGAAACUCGCCGAUCUUCAUUAUGCAAAGGCUCUGGCCGAGAGAGAAAAGGAGUUCAAGAUAAUUCCUGUUCACCCGGGCAUGGUGGCAACCAAUCUCCAUCAUGCCUCAACUGGUUACUUUCUGAAGCCUUUCCUCUAUGCUGCGAUCAUGUUCGCGACACCUGUCGAGAAGGGCGCUCUCUCCCAGAUCUUUGCUGCCGUGAGUCCUGAUGUCAAAACUGGACAGUACUAUGGUCCCGUAGGAAAAGAAGAAUCAGGAUCCAAACUUGCUCAAAAUCGUGCCCUUCAAGAAAGGUUGUUCAAAUGGGUCCAAGGCGAGCUUCUAGGGCAUGUCGAGACAAUCGAGGAAUAG